ACCAAGUGCAAAGGAGAAAAUCAGGACAAGAGAAAGGGUCUGGAGCCAGCUAGCUGCAGGAGUCCCCAGCCCCGGAUUCGGCAGAGGAAGCAGAGAGGCUAGUAGGAAGUAGCUCAGAGUGCAAAGGAAGCAGAUAAGAAAAAACACAUGGAGAGAACUUGAACAAGAAGGUGGUUGCCUGGGCUCUGUUACACACAUCUGGAUUCCAGCAGCGACCUGGAGUUUUCUGGAGACAGCACCCAGUGAGGCAGGAGGAUGAGGCUAUGUGCAGGUCUGCUCCUUCUCUGCUUCCAAGGUUGUUUGUCUCUGACGGGCCCUGGCUCUGUGUCUGGCUACGUAGGAGGCUCUCUCCGUGUGCAGUGUCAAUAUAGUCCAUCAUAUAAGGGCUAUAUGAAAUACUGGUGCCGAGGACCGCAUGACACGACAUGUAAAACUAUUGUAGAAACCGACGGAAGUGAGAAAGAAAAGAGGAGUGGCCCGGUGUCCAUCAGAGACCAUGCUUCGAACUCCACCAUCACAGUGAUCAUGGAGGACCUCAGCGAAGACAAUGCUGGGUCUUACUGGUGCAAGAUUCAGACUUCCUUUAUCUGGGAUUCGUGGUCACGUGAUCCAUCGGUCAGUGUAAGGGUGAAUGUUUUUCCAGCCACAACUCCUACACUCCCAGCCACAACUGCUAUCCUCCCACUAGUGAAUUCUGGGCAGAACCUGAGGAUUAGUACUAAUGUGAUGUUCAUCUUCCAACUGUGGUCCCUGCUCAGCAGCAUCCAGUUCCAGGUCCUGGUCUUCCUGAAGCUGCCUCUGUUUCUGAGCAUGCUCUGUGCUAUCUUCUGGGUGAACAGACUUUAGGGGGUUCCUGGGGGCAAUGUAGAGUGACCCAUCCAAGAACUAUGAAGUGAAGCAUCCCAGGAAUGCCCUGGGAGGAACUCAGCCCUGCAUGCAGACUGGACUUCAUUGUUCUGUGUCUCAAAGGUGGGGAGGGGGUGGGGGCUGAUUAUCAGAGUCUUGGAUUUCAGACUCCUGUGGUGUCCUCAGCAUAACAGAGAGAACAAGACUGGGAGUAAAGGCACUGGGAGUUAAUCCCAGCACUGGAGAGGAAGAACCUAGUAAGUCUCUGAGUUAAAGGCCAGCCUAGUCUAUAUACUGAGUUCCUGGACAGCCAGGGAUAAAUAAUAGACUCUGUCUCAAAGACACCCACAAAAGCGGGAACAAGACUCUCCCGGGGCCCUCUGUUAGAGGUCUGCCUUUCCCUUCUCCAAAUUUCCUGGAUUCUGCUCUCAUGUCAGCUCCAAAGGAUAAGAAUCUUCUAGAAGUUUCUUGAACAGAAGUCUAGCUCCUUGAUCUUCUCAGUGCCAUAAAAACAUCCCAGGACAUUGUCUCCGAUGGCAACAAUCAUCUCCUUACUACAGAGACGAGUUUCCUGAGAAACAUGUCCCUCACACACUUGGCUUGCAGGCUGUUGCCCCCUUUCUAGAACAAUCCUAAAGGAUUUGGCUUCUGGUAGAGCAUUUCAACUGCCAACUCUCCCAAGCACACAGAGAGGUCAACUAGGAGUCUAGAGGUGUGGGCUCGCAGAAUAAAUGUUUAGGGUUGGGGAGAAAGGCACAGGGAGAGGGAUUAUCAGGUUCCUAGAGGUAGGUGAAAUUACCAGGUGAGUGCUCAGCACCAAGGACAGAGCUCACAAGGCGCGGGAAGACUGCUAAGCUAAGCGUUCAGAACCACGGACAGAGACCUAAGAAGCUCUUAGACCACCAACUAUGCCCGUUUCAGCAGCACAGCAGCCACUGCUGUUCUCAGCGUUUUUCACACGAAUUCAUUUACAUGUGUGUUUAGCUAUGCAGCUUUAUCCUACACAUGCAUCCAGGUAACGACCAUCACAGUCAAAACAGAGGAUUGUUCCACCAUCACAAGUCCUCCUUCAUGCCAGUCUGCCUCAUUACUGCCCACUAGAGAACACUGAUCUCUGGCUGACUCUGGCUCUGUCACUUUGAGAAUGUUCUAGAAAGAGAAGCAUUUCAGUGGUAUGUCAAGUACAAGGCCUCUGGGAUCCACACAAGCAGAUGUUCUUGGAAAUCAUCCAUUCCUCUUUAUUACUGAGCAUUAUUCAUUGUAUACAUUCAUUACAGUUUGUUUAACUCCUUAUUCAGUUAACUAUUUGGGUCAUUUCCAUUACAAAUAAAACUAUUAUCCACA